AUGCGCCACCGCUUGCUUCAUUUCGAGCCACGGUGUGGCACGUGCGGCGAGGAGUUUGCCCUGCACGCCUCGCUGGUCGAGCACGUGCAGUCCCACUUCAGCACCAAGCCGUACCAGUGUGUCCUGUGCCUCUUGCGGUUUAAAAACGAGGGGCACCUGAAGGGCCACGUACGGACGCACACGGGAGAGCGGCCGUUCGCCUGUGGAGUGUGCGAUGCUAAGUUCCUCCGGAAGCACACCCUUGCGUUGCAUGCCAAGAGGCACACGGGGGAGAGGUCGUUUGCUUGCCACCUGUGCCCGGAGGCAUUCAUACGCAAGUGUUCGCUGCAGGUUCACCUCAAGAGCCACGAGCGAUACUUAUCAGAGCUUCAUUUUCCCCUCCUCCCCCCUCCCCCCCCCCCCCCAGCCCAGGACGAGCAAGAACCUGAGGAAGACAUCACCGGAGACAAGGCCUCGAAGCAGCUGAAGGGGUUUUAUACCUUCAGCUGCGACAUGUGCAACUUCUCCUAUUACAACGAGAACCGCGUGAUGCGCCACCGUGUGAACCACGUCACACCGCCGCGGCUGCAGUGCCACGUGUGCGGCAUGGAGUUCUCGCUGCUCGCCGCGCUGGUCGAGCACGUGCGAUGCCACUUCAGCGCCAAGCCGUACCAGUGCGACGUGUGCUCCGCGCGGUUCCGGAACCACGGACACGUCAAGGACCACCUGCGCAUCCACACCGGGGAGCGGCCGUUCGUCUGCGAGGUCUGCGGUAGGAGGUUCGGGAAGAAGACCAACCUGGCGAACCACGCGAGGAUGCACACGGGGCAGAAGCCGUUUGCGUGCCACCUGUGCCCGUUUGCGUUCCUGCGCAAGCGCUCGCUGCAGGACCACCUCAAGACCCACUAGCGCAAUUAGCGGCCGGAGUGUCUAUAACAUGUGGUUGCUUUUGUGAAAGGCAGCUGCACUGGCGUUACAGCGGCGUCUGGAAUGCCUUUCCAACGAGUGCUUUCGCCGCAUCCUAAAAAGUGAUCCCUUGAUUUUUGCUCGACGACGUCGUAAAAGUGCCAUGUUGCCAGCCGCGAUUCUGGGAGCUUCAACUUUUUUAAUCAACGGCCAGGAUCACAAUGUCUGACAACAUGAGUCGCCGGUUUCUAUGACAUCAUUUGUUGUCUCUUUGGGACCACUUUUUAUGUACGGACAAGAUAAAAACCAAACAUGACAUGGCAGUAGGGUUUUUUUUUUUUUUUUUUUUUUUUUUUUUUGUACCAUUUAUUUUUUUGGGGAUUAUCUUGGAAUUGGUGCAUGUGCAGAGUAUUGCGACAUGUGCGCACUUGGCACGAUGGCUUGGAACUGAAAAUCUGAAAGUAGAACUGACUAGGCUGUAAGCUAUUCUAAACUGUUGUCUCUCAAGGAAAGGAGAACUUGAAUGGUUUAAAUACAGCAUUUCUUUCUGAUGAGACUUUUUUUUUAAUGAUGUUUUGUCGAUUUUGUUACAAAAAUUUCUCGUUGAUUUAUGGUUCUAAGAUGUGGUGUCAUUGUCUUUGUUUUUUCCGAGCUCAUUCUCGUCGUGUGUCCGAGCUUCUGUUCCUCUUUUCCAACGUUUUCUUUUUGCGCCUUUUUCUUUUUGAGAUCGAGACUGAAGGCAAAGUGAAAAGAAAAUCGACGCUUUUCAUGUUUAGUUCUUUAAAGGCUCUGUCAGUUCUGUGCUCAUAACUAAAGGUUCAUUCCCACCGUGGAGUUCCUCAGCACGUGACAUUUCUGCGAAACCGAGAUUUCGCACAUUCAGUUAGUUCACACGUCGAGUUUGACGCACAAAAACUGCGACAUGUACACAUGCGUAAGAAUUUUGCCAAACUCUGUCGUCUGCGCCGGUAAUAUUAUAGGAAUUUCGCAGCAAAUGAUAUGAGGUACGCACAGUGUGAAGAGACUGCUUAAUUAAUACCACUCGACAAACUUCGUCGGAUUUGGCUCACUCAUUGUACUAGGCCUGUUAGCCCGAGGAAAGACUGCAGACGUCAAAAAAAUACGGAUGAUCUCAAAGUGUUUUGUAAGUUUGGCCCCACUAAAAGGCGAGUUAUCCCCAGUCAUCACGUCUAUAAGUACUUGAACUCAUCGCGAUUUUCGACUAAUCUUCACUGCGCCACCCGUACACACCACUUCUCCGCUUGUUUCUCACCGCCAUGUUUGUGUUCUUUUUUUUUUUUCAACUUUGGCUCGGAUACAGGAUCAGCCAAAAGUCAGGCUCCUCCAAAAUCUCGCUUCGCCCGAAAGAUUGGACGUUGCGGCGAGGUCGAACAGCCAUUGGCAGCUUCCGCGUUUCUCCUUCGGGUGUUUGACGGGCCUCGGUACAGUUUCAGCAUAAUCUCGCUUCCAGAGCGAGGAGUGCGAUCAUCCUUUUUUGGAUGCGCAAAUCUUCGCCUGUCUCGUUCAUACAGUGCAUCUGUUCCCAAGAUGUGAAUAGACCUUUACUGUGGUUUGGCACGAAAUUAAAUACUUCAGAGCAGUCGUUCCCAAACUUUUCGAUCUCAAGGAACCCCUAAUAACUCGACUGAUAGCCAAGGAAACCUUCGCAGUCUCUGUAUUGAUGCAGGAAAGUUACGUUUAGGCCUACGGACCUUAUAAAUGCCAAUGCACGUGGAGGCAAUAUUUGGCACUUCAAAACGCAUCAAUGCGUUGCUCAGAUAUUAAAAAAUUGCGCUUAAACUGGAAGACUACUUUGUUGGGGGGCAUACAUGGCCGACAGAAUUUGGAAGAUUCUGGAUCCCCUGGGGGUUAUCUGGGGAGCCCCUGGGUUCCAGGAAUCCAGUUUGAGAACUCCUGCUUUACAGAACAUUGUGUGUAUUGCAGCUCUGUGAAUUAAAGCGUAAUGUGUGUGUGGAACGCUCGGCACUCGUGGGACUUUGCGAGCUGUGUCGAGUUGCUUUCUUUUUGCUCAGGACGGCUUCGUGCUUUCUGUGAAAGUCGACCAGCGUCGUGCCAUUGUGGCAGUGUCUUCAGUAGCCAGUCAUUAGGAGCUGUCAUAAUGCUAAAUUACAUAACCAUCGCCUGCUGCCGACUGCUUUUCUCGCUCGCAUUUUCGUGAACUGUGCUCCUCGAGGGUGGCUUUCAACGUACGCACCGAAAAGCUUGACUCCACCACCUGUUGCAAGCCACAGUUGGAAUUUAUGGCUCUUACUGCCGCGUGCCCGGAAGAUAAGUGCACUAAUUUGUGAAAUUAUGAAGCUGUCUAUCUUAAAAAGGAAGCGAUGGAGAAAAAAGCUCCCUUUGAGCUGCUGUUUCUCCAUUCUGCGUAGAUAAGGAACGGAGACAGUUUGCCGGUUGCGCACAUUGUGUUCGUCAUUUUCUUCUUGGCUCCGAUCUGGGCACACAAUUUCUGUUUACACACUCGCACGGAGGGCAAUAAAAUGGUAAUAUUCCGAUUAAGCAUAGUUCUGUUUGGCUGUACUUUUGUUUUUUUUGUGAGCAGUGCCUCAGUUUCUGCAGUGAAAACAGCACCUGUAAAAUUAGAAGAGUGCUGCUUUUCUUAGUUUUCAUGUUCCUUCUUGUGAUUGUGGGGGGGGGUUUGUGUUGAUAAAAUGAAGUAAGCUUGACUCAACAUCAUAAUCAUCACUACAUUGGCUUUCUUCUUUAACACUUGAAAACCCGGUGCCAAUGCACAUUCGGUGAAAAUUUGAGCUUUCUGUGUGCUGUCACAGAUUUUUCCAGUUUGCUUUACAGCUUAAACACCGUAGCCACCUUACAUAUACCAAAAGGCCUGUCUCCACCACUUGUUGCAAGCAGUGGGGUCGGGAUUUAUGGCUCUUUCUGCCGUCAGGUACUUGUGGCUGUUACUGAUACAUGAAAAGAACUUGAAGAGACGAGUUUACAAGAUUCCAAGACUGUUGGAAGGAAGCGACAGGAAAAUUGCUUGCUUUGACCUUCCAAAGUUUCUUCAUAUUGCAUGAACGAAGUAUGUAGAAAGUUUGCAUAUUGCACGUAUUGUAUUCGUCAUUUGUUUUCAUCUGAGCGCUCUCUGAUAAGCACUCAUCGCGAGGGCAAUAAAGGGUAAUGUUAGAGUUGGGGUCGCUUCUGUGUACCUGUGCUUUCCUUAUGAGCAGUGGCCUCGUUUCUGCAGCGAACCAGUAAGAUGAAUGUCUUAUAAAAUGUCUGUGUACAAACAUUAUUGGGGCCUUGAUUUCAUGUUGCUGCUUGUGGUUGUGAAGCAAUCUGUGUUGAUAGAAUGGAGUAAGGGUGACUGCAACUCAACAUCCAUUAUCACUGCGUUCACUGUUGCUUGAAAACCCAAUGCCAUACUCAAUGCUCUUUUCAACUUCCUUUCUCCCGACCAGCUGACAAAGAAUGAGGUUGACAUUGGCCUCAGCAAAGACGCUACCCAUUUCAGCCGAAGUGCUUUUGCGUCUUCAGCUGAGACGUCUGCAAGAACGAAAGCAUGAUGACCUGCCGCCGCAGAAACCACUCUGCGCCACAGUAGCUUCAGUACACCAUGUACAA